UCAAAGUUCAGUAGUUCAACGGAGUCGAGAGAAAAGUUGCAAACAGCUUAAAUUCUGUUAGUUUUAAAUACGCAGUCUUACAUUGUGUAAUAAUACUAGAUACAACAGCGUCGAACUGACGUUUAGUUUAACCUUAGAUGAGCGUGCACUGCGUAAAUUGCUUAAUAUAUAUAUGAAGGAUUUCCGUUUUAAUCGAAAGCGAAACAUAGUUCGUAACGCUUCCACGUUUGAAAGUGUCAAAUCGUCUCAAAUUCAAGUUCGUUUUGGUGUCCUGAAGAUCCUGCUCUGAAGAUGUUGUGGAGAUCGUCGUCAGCAUUUGUGAGACGUAUAGCAACGUCAUCCAGCAGACUUGGCAAAAAUGAAAGCCUGUUUACAAUCCACCCCGCUGUAAAAGAGGCCCUAGCUGAUCACAGACCAGUUGUGGCCCUUGAAAGCACAAUUAUUACACAUGGAAUGCGUUACCCUCACAAUCUCAGCACAGCUAGAGAAGUGGAGACGAUUGUAAGGGCCGAGGGGGCAACCCCAGCCACCAUUGGAAUUCUGGAGGGCAGAAUUCACGUGGGUCUUUCCUCGGAUGAACUCGACUUUUUGGCACAGAGUAAAACGGCACUUAAGGUGUCUAGAAGGGACCUGCCUUAUGUCAUCAGCAAGGGUCUGUCCGGUGGUACCACGGUCUCCGGCACGAUGAUUGCGGCUCACUUAGCUGGGAUUCGUGUUUUUGUAACUGGAGGCGUUGGAGGAGUUCAUAGAGAUGGAGAAAACUCACUGGAUGUGAGUGCCGACCUCACCGAACUGGGGCGAACUCCUAUUGCUAUUGUAUCUGCUGGGGUUAAAUCCAUCCUAGAUAUUGGUCGCACUCUUGAAUUUUUGGAAACUGAGGGUGUGUGUGUGGCCACAUACGGAGAUACAAAAAGCUUUCCCGCUUUCUUCUCCCAGCAAAGUGGAUUUAAUUCUCCGUACUCUGUCUCCGGUGCUCAAGAGGCAGCGGAGCUUAUUGCAAGCACAUUCGAUCUGGGCUUACAGAGUGGCAUUCUCUUGGCCGUUCCCAUCCCUGAAGAACACGCAGCCACAGGAAAGCUUAUUGAAGACGCCAUACAAACAGCAUUGUCUGAGGCCAGCUUGAAGGGGGUCACAGGAAGAGAUGUCACACCUUUUGUUCUGCAGCGCGUCAAUGAACUGUCUAAGGGAAAGUCCUUGCAAGCCAAUAUAGCGCUCAUCCAUAACAAUGCCAAGGUGGGCAGUCAGAUAGCAUGUGCCCUUUCUAAACUCAAAGACAAAGAACGCUUAAUAGGUGGCAUUGUGACCCAGAAGUCAAAGGGCCGGAAAAUGGACUCCAAAACUAUUGUUAUAGGCGGAAUAAACGUUGAUUUAAUCGCUAAAGGAAAAACAAAGAAGCUGCUGUUUGGUCAGACAAAUCCAGGAAGUGUGUGCCAGUCAUUUGGAGGAGUGGGCAGAAAUAUUGCUGACUGUUUGAGUCGUUUAGGACACAAACCUCUCUUCAUCUCUGCAACCGGAAAAGACUCUCACAGUGAAGCUGUAUUAAACUAUUGUCAACACAUGGAUACGAGUGCAAUUGCCAGAUUACAAGAUCAGAAGACCGCCACCUAUUGUGCCGUCAUCACUGAGUCUGGCGAGCUGAGCCUGGGGUUGGGCGACAUGGACAUCCAUCAGCAAAUACAAGAGCAGUAUGUUUCUCGGUAUGAAAAUCAGAUUGCAUCGGCGUCCCUUGUAGUUCUCGAUGGUAACAUUCCUGUGUCAACCAUCGAUUAUGUGUGCGCCAUCGCCAAGAAAUAUUCAGUCCCAGUGUGGUUCGAACCCACUGAUGCUGAUAAGGCUUGCAAACCCUUCCUGUCUGAGAGCUGGAAAUGCCUUUCAUACAUCCCCAACCUGACUGAGCUCUGCACCAUGAAUCGCACACUAGGCUUAUCCACUCCAACAGAGUUGCCCAGGUCUCUUGAAGAUGUCUUGAGCUGUGUACCGGCUCUCUCACGCCCUCUGCUGGAUCAUCUGCACUGUGUGGUGGUUACUUUGGGGUCUGCGGGUGUGGUUUUAUGUGGAGAGCAGCAGGCAGGGACUGUAAAUUUGCAACCAAGAAUGGAAAAACGGAAAGGACAGUUGUGUGCUGUCCAUUAUCCUGCACUCGCUGUAAGCUCAGAAGAAACUGUAAAUGUGUCCGGAGCCGGAGACAGUCUUGCUGGAGCAAUGAUGGUCGGGAUCCUCCAGGGAAAAAACACAGACACCUGUGUCCGAAUGGGUCUUCUUGCUGCCCGUAUGUCCUUGUUGAGUCCUCACGCAAUCGAUCCAUCUUUGACAAUAGAUGCUAUCCAUCCAGAGAAGUCACAACAGUGGUCCAAGCCUACAUUAAUGUGCAUGUAGUUCCUCCUACUUUGCAGGUUGUCUGUAUAGACACAGCAUCUAAAGUGUUCAGAUAGAUACUUUUGUGAGCCUUUAAUCAAAUGAGUGAACAACAAGGGUUUCUAAUUGUGUAUUCAGGUGUUGAGUGUGUUUAAUUACUUAAAGUUGUAUAUUGAUUUGGUGUUUUUUUCAAUCAAUGGGUCUAAACCUCUAACUCGCUCACAUUGAUCUAACCUGUAGUAGUGGAGACUGUAAAUUGCGUUAAAUCCUACCUCAUAUUUUCAAUGGGACAUUUCUGUUUUUUUUACAUAUAGUAGUAUGCUUAACAAUUUCCAGACCUCCCUUGAUGUGAGCCAAUAUUAUUUAAUGAUAUAAAUAUUUUUAUUGCGAUUUUUAACUGAUCAAUUAUGUUAAUUAAAAAUGUUGAAAUCCCA